UUUUUGCGCACAGAGGCUUUAAGAGCGCAGCGGCUGCAGGCAGCAGAGACACGGAGAGAGAGACUUCAGCGCACCGGGAGGAGAAGCGGGGGAGCAGCAGCGACCCAUCAGCUGAGUCUCACCCGCAGAUGAGCCACCACGGACCCGGCCGCAGACCCGGCCGUGCGCUGGGCACCCGGAGCUAGCGCGCGUGCAUUUGGUGCCCCACGGCUCUCUAACGCACAACUCCACAGACUUUAUCAUUUCUCUUCCUCCCGGGGCUCCCGCAGAUCACCGCCACCAUCAUGGUGCUGGGCAAAGUCCGGGCCUUGGCGGUCUACUUCGACAGCCUGAACGAGAACAACCUGCCCGCGUUCUCCGGCGGGGACCUGGUGUCGGGCCGGGUGGUGGUGGAGGUCGCCGGGGAUGUGCGGGUGAAGAGCUUGGACAUAACGGCGAAAGGAGUCGCCAAGGUCCGCUGGACGGAGUCGAGGAACGCCGGAGCCAACACGGCUUACACCCAGAACUACACCGAGGAGGUGGAGUACCUGCACCACUACGACACCCUGAUAGGAGAGGACAGAGACGAGGACUGUCCGGAGGAAGGUCUGACUGUUCUGCACACCGGCUUACACGAGUUUGCUUUCAGUUUCAACCUGCCUCAGAUGGCUCUCGCCACUUCCUUUGAAGGGAAGCACGGCAGCGUGAGGUACUGGGUGAAAGCCGAACUGCACCGUCCGUGGCUGCUCCCCGUCAAAGUGAAGAAAGAGUUCAUUGUGUUCGAGCACAUCGACAUCAACACGCCGCUGCUGCUGGCUCCUCAGGCCGGUACCAAGGAGAAAACUCUGUGCUGCUGGUUCUGUGCUUCGGGUCCGAUCUCCCUCAGUGCCAAGAUAGAGCGGAAGGGCUACACUCCAGGUGAGUCGAUCCAGAUCUUCGCCGAGGUGGAGAACUGUUCGUCCCGCGUCGUGGUGCCGAAGGCGGCUCUGUACCAGACCCAGACCUUCUUCGCAAAGGGCAAAGGCAAACAGAUCCAGCAGCUGGUGUCCAACCUGAGGGGGGACCCGCUGCCUCAGGGGAAGAGCCAGAGCUGGGAGGGCAAACUGCUCAAGAUCCCCCCGGUGUCCCCCUCCAUCCUGGACUGCCCCAUCAUCAGAGUGGAGUACGCCCUCGUGGUGUACGUGGACGUUCCCGGCGGGUUGAAUCUGUCUCUGUCGUUGCCGUUGGUGAUCGGGACCAUACCGCUGCACACCUGCGCCACCCGGACCUCCAGCAUCAGCAGCAACUGCAGCACGCUGAGCUGGCUGGGCCUGCAGGAGAGGCCGGAGGCGCCGCCGAAUUACAGCGACCUGGCGAUAUCGGAGUCUCAGAGACGGGACUGUCUGCGGGGCUGCGAUCGGUCGGACGGGGAGGCAGAGGACCAGGGAUCUCUGCUGACCUACAUCACAGAGUUCAGAUAUCUGCCGCCGCCGCUCUACUCAGAGGUCGACCCUUACCCCGACCCCGUGGAGGUGUGCGGUGCCGCGGACGUCAGGAGACCCGACACGUGUCCGUCCCGCUGAGGCUUCUGCACAAACACGACGCCGUCACCCUCAGCUCCAGGCCCUACACAGCCAGCUUCUCACCAGAUUAUAUAUCACCAUAAACACGGCCAGACCCUCCCCGACCCCGGGAGCGUCAGCUGACAGAGUAUUCGGUGACCAUUGACACAUGGACCAGGGAUUUCAAGGCAUGCCGGAUCCUCUCCGACGCCACUGUAUGACUCUGAUGAGGCAGAAAACAAAGAUGGCUCCCGAGCGGUCAGAGGACGCCUCCUUCUGCCUCACAGUGAAUUUUGCACAUACCGUUAUUACUGUUUUUCUAUUGGUGGGUUUUAUAUUCUGCAGAUUGCCGCAGGCCUAUAUGCUACAGUAGAUUCUGUCCUCUUUAACCUAAAUGGCACAUUUAAAACAGGACAAAAGCUAUCUUCGGUUAAAGUUUGAGCUCCGGACUUCAGGUGGUUUCCUCCUGCAAAACAAAGCAACACAGAGGAGACGCAUACUAAAAAAGAUGUUUCUGAUAAAAACGACCACCUCGAGCACUUAAACUAAAGCUCAAAUUGUGUGUGAAUGUGUGUGUGUUUGUGUGAGAGAGAGUGUGUGUUUGGUUUUAAAUGACCAGGUAUAAACAGGUUCUAGAGAAUAAAAAAAGCACAACUCCGACCAACCAAGAUAAAGUACCACAAGUCGCCUGUUGGUUUUCUGCUCCGAACUGAAGCUUCUCUCGCUGUAGAUGUUUUCCUCUGGAUGUUUCUAAAGAAGCUUUCGUGCUCGCGAUAAGAAUGACAAAAAAAGUGUAACAGAUAAAUGUUUACAGAUGUAUGAAUAUAUCAAAUUGAGAAUGUUGUUCAAACUUCUUCCACCUAAAACUUCAAAGUGCAAUAUAUUUUUGUAUUUGUGAUUUUUUUGCACUAGUUUUUCAUAUACGCUGUUGCUGUUUAUUCCAUUUCUGUGCAUUAUAUAUUAUUGUCAUGAUCUUACUGCUGUCAUGAUCAACUUUUGAUAAAAUAAAAAGUUUAUUUUAUAAAAUA